AUGGCUUUCACGCCAAGUCUAACUACAACGUUCCUGAUCGUCGCGACAGUCUGUAUUCUGCUGCCCCGGGCCCAUGCCUUCGGCGCUGGUGACAUUCCAGACUUUGCGUAUCUCAACGACAAGGCUUUCAGGCAUGGAGACAUCGAAUCUGUUUUGGAAAAUCUGGCCAAAACCGCGGGUCGUGCGGCAAUUGGAGGUGGCAACCUUCUCGCAUUCGCUUCAUCGGUCGUUUCUGCUGCCACCGGCCCUCGCAAAUUCAACAAGAACGAUAUCAAGAAAGUCUACUUUGGAAAUUGGUUGCGAGACUACUCCCAGUGUAUGGAUAUUGCGGGUUUGAGCAAGCUCUCUGCAGAAACCUUGGUUCUUGUCGUCUCUGUCCUCGGGUUCAUGACCUUUGGCUUUUCGACUGAAGAAUUCGAGGUCACCGCUGAGCGUCUCGGGGUUUAUCUUCCGGUGGAACACAUUGACAAUCCAAAGGGUUACGCAGAGAAGGAAGGGGAUGCUCGCGAAUAUCACCCCAAGCUGCGACCUCCCGUCGACCCUCGUGAACUUGAGAUUGAUCCGGAGACAGGCAUGAAGAACUACAUGGCCACUGAAGGUCAAGGCUGGGAUACGUCCACGGGAUUCAUUCGACGCACCUUGCGGGAGUGUAUCGAGUACGGCCGUCGUGCCAAUGGCGAAGAGAACGCGGACCUGUGGGAGGCUUACAGGCUCCUCGGAACUGGACUGCAUACCCUCGAGGACUUGAUGGCCCACAGCAACUGGUGCGAGCUCGCCCUUCGUAAGAUGGGUUACGAAGAAGUGUUUUGCCAUGUUGGAGACAAUGUCCUCGUCGACACGCCCAAUGGCCCUGCUCCUCCUUUAGUGACAGGUACCUUUGGUGGUGCCGACUUCUUGCACUCGCUGCUUGGAGAGGCUGGCGACAAACUGAGCCAGGCCAGUGUCACUGACCUGUCUGGAAAGCUGAACGAAGCCCAACAAAGCGGAGGUGCCGACCUCGGCCCCUUGAAGAACAUCCUCAGCCGGAUUAUGGGAGGCAGUAGCGAAGAAGAAGAGAAACUCAACCAAGGAGAAGAAAUGAAGGAAGCUGCCCAAGGAUACCACUUCGAUCCUGACAAUAUUGCACCCCCCGAGGUCCAACAGAAGCUCCUUGACCUCCUCAAGUGGCACGACGACGUGAUGAGGAACGUCACCAAGAAGAUGGCCAUGGUUCCUGGCCUUAACAACUUGCUCGAGGAGUUCAGCAACGCCCUGAAUGGCUAUAUCUACACCGUUCUCGCUCCAUACCUCACUCCCAUCUUGGCUCAAGCCACCUCAGUCUUGGACGAAGGCAGCAAGGCAGUCAUUGAUAGCGAAGACCAAUAUGAGGUUUUCGAUAACCCCGACGCUCAUGACCCCUCCCACAGUCUGCUUUCCAAAGAUCACUUCGGCCUCAUUCUCAACGAGCCUGCAGGGAAGAUUGCUCAGAUCAUCGUCGAACAUACCGUCAACCAUAUCGUUCAGGCGUGGUACAAUGACGAGGACCCCGACAGUGUCCUCAAUGUCAUCCUCGAGGCAUUCCAUCAUCCCUACUACAACACUGGCAAUUCAGAGGUUCAGCACAAAAUGUUCGAGCACAUGCAAAAGUGGAUCGGUGGCUUGGGCCCUGACGAGGCGGCACAGACUAUUGAGGCUCUGACCAAGGAAAGUGUGCGUGAGCACAAGAACAAGCGUCUCGGCUCAGAAGGUCAUAGCUUUGACGAGCCUGGAUAUGGUGGCUGCAGUCACUCCUACAAACCAUCCGGUGGCUACUCUUCAGGUGGUACGAACAAGCCCUCCUACAAGACUGGUGUCGGCGCUGCGGCUGGAGCCGGUGCUGCAGCGAGCUAUUAUUCCGGAGGGCGUCAGGAUACGACCGGCUCAGGUGGGAGGAAGAAUGAAGGGGGAUAUGGUAGGCAAGACAAUACUGGAUAUGGUGGACGACAAGACAAUACCGGAUAUGGUGGCAGGCAGGGUACCACCUAUGGACGACAGGACACUAGCUACGGGAGACAGGAAACCACUGGGUAUGGUCGGCAGGACACCGGCUAUGGACGACAGGAAACCGCUGGCCACGGUGGUCGACAAGACACUACUGUGUAUGGCCGGCAGGAUAACACCGGCUAUGGAGGAAGGCAGGACACCAGUUACGGAGGACGACAAGACAACACUAGCUAUGGGCGACAGGACCAGACGUCAUCGUAUGGCGGAAGGCAGGAGGCCGGUGGGUACGGUGGAGGCUAUGGCGGCCGCCAAGGGCAGGGCUCUUCUCAUGGUGGCAGGCAGGAGACCGUGCAGAGCACCUACAGCGGGGGAUAUGGUCGACAAGACACCUCUGGCUAUAGCGGAAGGCAGGAAUAUUCGGGUGGAUACCAGAAGGACGAGGGCUACGGCGGCAGGAGAAGGGAUGACGACUAUGGUAAACCCAAGUAUGGCGGAGGCUACGGGGGUAGGCGUGACGAUGACGAUAAACCGAAGUACGGGAGUGGCGGAUAUGGUGGACGCCGCGACGACGACGACAACAACAAGCCCAAGUAUGGAGGCGGAGGAUAUGGCGGACAUCGUCGGGACGACGAGGAGGAUAGACACAAGUACGGUGGUGGUGGAUAUGGUGGUCAACGACGAGAUGGUGAUGACAAGCCCAAGUACGGUGGAGGUUUCAGCAGCCAGCGCCGGGAUGAUGACGACAAACCCAAGUAUGGCGGGGGCUAUGGACAACGUCGUGACGAUGAUGACGACAGGCCCAAGUACGGAGGAGGCUAUGGUGGUGGCGGAUAUGGCGGUCAACGCCGCGACGACUCCGACGAUGACAGGCGCGGCAAGUCUAAGCACAAGCGCGACGAUUCGGACGACAAGCCCAAGUAUGGAGGACAGUACGGGAAUCAGGGUGGCCACCGCCGCGACGACUCCGAUGACAGGCCUAAGUACGGAGGCUCUCAUCGACGCAACGACUCCGAUGAGAAACCCAAGAAGUACAAGGAUGAUUCCGACGACGAGAAGAAGAAAAAGAAAUACCGCAGGAAGUCCAAGGAUGACGACUCGGACGAUGAUCGCAAGGAGAAGAAAGGGUAUCAGCCCUCAUAUGGCCAACCAUCCUACGGCAGUGGGUACGCGCCGAGUUAUGGCGGCAGUAACGAGACCUUUGGAGCGGAAAGAAUGAGGAUCUCUCACGACUCCGAUGACGAAGAUAGCCGCAAGUACAAGUACGGCGGUGGUCGUCGUUACUGA